GUUUACACAUCCAAAUCAAUGAGCAGCACCACGGAGAUGUCCGCCUUUUAGUCCAGUCUUCCAGGAAGAGAAUUAACCAACGCGUCGCCGAAAUGUAGGGCACAGCACCAACAGAAAACAAAGAACUUUAACGCGUUUAUGAUAAACAUGGGCAUAUAAUGGAUUGAUAACAAACCUUAAACGUAUUUAUUACGUGGCCCGUAACCCUCCCCAAGUCAGGGAGUCGGGUGUGGGUGUUUUUUUUCUUCUGGUUUAUUUCAAAGAGAACGGGAAAAGGAAAGUGGGAAGAGGAGAACUUCCUGAAUUUAGCGAGACAUGUCAGAAUCUCCAUCGCAGAUCACAACCAAGGUAUUUGUUGAUUUUAUAAAGCAGAAUCAAGUUCUAGGACCCCGCGGUGAGAUGCGCUAGACGCAGUCGUGUUGUUGACAACUGCAUCGUUUGUGUUGGUAAUCAUCUGUUGCUGAGGGGAACGUUUCGCGGCUGUGUUAUAGACUACAGCAGCGCCUGCAGGAGAGGAGCUCAUUCAGUCCUUCCUCCGCGAGCCCCCUGCCAAACUCCACUUCCUCCCCCGUCCAUGCUCCCACAGCCAGGCCAGCCAGCCGAAUGGAGGACGAACCUGCCAGGCUGCCAGUGCACCUGCCUGACUGUUGAUAAACCUCACAGCGUCGCUCCCUAACCGUACCGCAGGAAGUUUCCUGUGCUGAAACGGAGCCCAUGCUGGAUCGCUUCCUGCCCAAGUGCGUUGUGGGACACGUUUGUUUGGGCCCCCUUCCUCCUCCUUCUCCCCCCACUCCUUCCUCCACUGGGCCCUGUGCAGAUGGCUGGGUCCGGCAGGCCGGAUCUCAGAGGGGUUUUGGCAGCGUUGUGCCUUCCUUCUCUUGUUCCCCUCUCUCUCCAGCCCUGGAGAGAACAUACCACGGCAGUGACCUCACAACCAGGGCCUCCCUGCACGCUGUACACAUCACUAAGGUCAUGUGAUUAAGGGGUCACCCGUAGGCGACACAGCUGGUGGAUGCUGAGCAUAUGGCCUGCAGCCAGUGUUUUGGAGCAGGGAGGACGUGGGCCAGUGGCUGCGCUGGGCGGAGAGGGAGUUUGCCCUGCGGCCCAACACCAGCGGCAGCUUCCAGAUGAACGGCAAGGCCCUGCUCCUCCUCACCAAGGAGGACUUCCGCUACCGCUCGCCCCACUCCGGGGACGUCCUGUACGAGCUGCUGCAGCACAUCCUGAAGCAGAGGAAGCCACACGUCCCCUACCCCUCCGCCUACUUCCCCGGCAACUCCUUUCACCCUCUGCCAGAGGGAGCUCUCCAGCACCACAAACUGGAAGAAACGGUACGGCGGACACCACGUGGUACAGAGCCCCUACCCCAGCACCCUCCCACCAUCGAGCUCCGACACCGCUCCCGCUCGCCCAUCCAACCCGCUCCCCGCCUCUCCCCCCUGGACCUCAACCACCCACGCCCUGGAGCCGAGGACCACCUCCAGACGUCCUCCCAGCUGCCUGACAGCAACCACCAAUUGCCCGAGGACUUGUACACUCUGUCGGUGUCCCCGGCCACCCCUAACGGCCGCUGCGCCACGCCCCGCGAGGCCCCCUGCCCAGGCAGCCCCGGGUGCCAGGACGCUGCCCCCCAUCGUGUCAUCCAGCUCAUGCCCAGCGCCAUCAUGCACCCCCUGCUGCUCAGCCCAGGGCGAGGAGGUGCUGCUGGAGACUUCAGGCAUGGCCGUGGGGGGCCACCACUUCAGGCCCCCCAUGAAAAUGGGCGUGAGGGGAAAGGCCACAUCCAGCUGGCACUGGCCCACCACCAGCAGCAGCAACAUGCUCUGCAUCAGCAGGAGGAGGCGCUGUACAGGAACCACCACGUCAUCGUGCCCGUCUCGCCACCAGAGGAGCAGGCAAUGCCCAUUGGACGGAUAGCAGACUGCAGGCUGCUGUGGGACUACGUCUACCAGCUCCUCUCAGACAGCCGGUACGAGAACUACAUCCGCUGGGAGGACACAGAGACCAAAGUCUUCCGCAUCAUGGACCCCAAUGGCCUGGCUCGCCUGUGGGGGAACCACAAGAACAGGACCAAUAUGACAUACGAGAAGAUGUCACGAGCACUGAGACACUACUACAAACUGAACAUUAUCAGGAAAGAGCCAGGACAGAGACUCUUAUUCAGGUUCAUGAAAACCCCAGAUGAGAUUAUGAGUGGACAAACUGAAAGGCUGGAUCACAUAGAGUCUGACACAGAAGAUCAAAUCUACAUCAAAGAGGAAUGCUGAGGCCUCUGGGAAAUGGAGUCCACUAAAGCGAUGAACUACUACAGCCGCUGAUGCCUUUCGGAAAGCAGCUUGAACAAUCGUCUCAAACCGAGAGCGCCCGGACAUUCACUCUAUCUAAAACUCAGAGGAACUUGAAGGUGACGUCUCUAGAUUGCCUUUAAAACUUUAAGAUUUUCUUUCCAGACAAAUCUUAUCAGUUGUUUUCUGUCUUAAUGCAAGGAGUUCAAAGGACCUGGCGACAAGUAUAUCUCAUGAGACUUUUAAAAAAGCAUUCCUUUUCCCUGAACUGCCACAGCAAAUCAAUCAUUUCAUGUUUGUCAUGUCAUACAUUGUUGAUUUUUCUUCCACAUGUGCAUUAAGUAUAAGAAAAUGUUGCAAUUUGUGCAAAUAAUGGGAGGGUGUGUGUAGCUGGAACGUCUUCACCACAGAAUAAAUCUUUUUGAACAAUU